AUGUCAAAAUCAGAGAGUGGAAGUUAUGAGAUUUUGAAGAAUUUUGUUGCUGGUGGUGUUGGUGGUGCAUUCUGCGUUGCUAUGGGGCAUCCUUUUGAUACCGUGAAAGUACGAUUACAGACAAUGCCAAAAUUGAUGCCAGGUGCUCGACCAUUAUAUGCAGGAGCAUUAGACUGUACCAGGCAAAUCAUUGUCAAGGAAGGAUUCUUCGCUUUGUAUAAAGGUAUGAGUGCUCCUAUUAUUGGAAUUACACCUUUAUUUGCCGUUUAUUUUGGCAGUUGUUCGCUUGGUAAAUGGUUGCAGCAAACAUCCCCAGAUCAGGAAAUGACAUUCCUUCAAAAUCUCGUUUCGGGUAGCAUUGCUGGCAUUUGCACAACUGUCAUUAUGGUACCUGGUGAACGUAUCAAGUGUUUGUUACAGGUCCAGCACGGAGAUUCCACAAGUCCAUCUUCAGAACAUUACACUGGACCAGUUGAUGUUUUUAGGAAAUUAUACAAACAGGGUGGCAUAAGAAGCAUUUACAGGGGUACAAUGGCAACUCUCCUUAGAGAUAUUCCGGCUAGUAGUGUUUACUUAGCCACCUAUGAAUACCUCAAAAAAUUAUUUGCGAGAGAUGAUAUAACUAAAAAUUUGAGUAUAUUGUCAACAUUAAUGGCUGGUGGUUUGGCAGGCAUCGCUAAUUGGUCUAUAUGUAUUCCGCCUGAUGUAUUGAAGUCACGUUUACAAACAGCGCCAGAGGGGAAAUAUCCUGGAGGAAUACGUGACGUGUUUAAAGAAAUAAUGCGUGAAGAGGGUCCAAAAGCAUUAUUUAAAGGUUUUACACCGGUAAUGUUACGUGCCUUUCCUGCGAAUGCUGCAUGUUUCCUAGGAUUUGAGUUAGCUUUAAGCUUUUUUCAAUUUAUGGAAACGAGAUGUAGCUAA